AAACUGUCAAUCCACGCCAUUACAUUUUUGUCGGUGUUUAUUUAUAACUUUCUUAACUAAUUUUUCCUGUAAUUAGACGAUGGCUGAGUAUUUAGCUUCAAUUUUUGGUACCGAAAAAGACAAGGUAAAUUGCUCCUUUUACUUUAAGAUCGGCGCUUGUCGACACGGCGAUCGAUGCUCUCGAAUUCAUAACAAACCAACCUUCUCUCAAACAUGUUUAUUGCAAAAUUUAUAUGUAAACCCACAAAAUUCAGCAAAAUCUGCUGACGGAAGCCAUUUGGUUGCUAAUGUUUCUGAUGAAGAAAUGCAGGAACAUUACGAUAAUUUCUUUGAAGAUGUUUUUGUGGAAUGUGAAGAUAAAUAUGGGGAGAUUGAAGAGAUGAAUGUUUGCGAUAAUUUAGGGGACCAUUUAGUCGGAAAUGUUUACAUCAAAUUUCGGCGAGAAGAAGAUGCAGAAAGAGCUGUAAGCGAUUUAAACAAUCGUUGGUUUGGUGGUCGUCCUGUUUAUGCCGAAUUAAGUCCUGUGACUGAUUUUAGAGAAGCUUGUUGUCGCCAAUAUGAAAUGGGAGAGUGUACAAGAUCGGGUUUUUGUAAUUUUAUGCAUUUAAAGCCAAUAUCAAGGGAAUUAAGGCGUUAUUUGUACUCACGGAGGAAGGCGAGCAGAAGGAGAUCACGAUCUAGGUCUCCAAGAAGGAGAUCACGUUCGCGGGAGCGACGUUCCAGGUCACCAAGACAUCGUUCAGGACGGAGUGGAAGAUACUAAGUUAAAACAUUUUUGUUCUCUAAUUUUUAUUUUAGUGUUUCUUGUCCAAGUAUAAAACAAUUAGGUUAAAAAACAUUUAAACAUACCACAUAUUUUGUAAUUAUGAUGAUAAAAUUAAUAUUUUUUUUUUAAUGUGUUUGUAUUUUCUAUAUAAGCUGAUUUACUAUAGAUUUCAUGAUAGGUAUUUCUUAAAGGAACUUGUAGUUUGAGCACAAUGUGCCAAAAAAGUACCUAUUUUUAAAUAAAUUUUUGUUUGUUAAUGAUUCCAUUUAAUUUUGCUUCAUCAUUAUUGUGUGUAUAAAAAUUUGCAAAUAAAACCGUUGCAUUAAUCUUU